AUGGCAAAAGGGAAAACAGCAAAAAAGAAACCGCUUGAGUGUCUUAUAUGCAAUAAAGCACUGGGCAAAUCAAAAACUAAGCUACAAUGCCAACAAUGCGGCAAACGGGCGCAUCAGCAGUGCACAGAUGCUACAAGAAAUUGGACUUGUGCAAAAUGCAUGGAAAAUGAGCAAGACGAAGAUUCUGACUCUGAAGAGGACUCUGAGGAUGAACUCUCAGAAUUAGAAACAAAUUCCUCAGUACGCAUAGCAAGUACACUAUAA